CAGUAACCGGUGACGUUCUGCACGCGGUGUCCUUCAGUAGACCCGUGUGCUGAAUUAAAGUGCAUGCUGAGAUAAACCUGCGCUGUGAGAGAGUUCAACAUGGCGUGUAGUCGUCUAGGCCUGUUGAGGUCAGUUCUCUCCUUCACGAGAAGCCCCCUCCUCCCAGCAUGCACCAGAGUGCCCCCUCUCCUCCAGCACCGCUGCCCUCAUCCUGACGUCCCUCCGCCUUGUUAUGCCCGCUAUUACGCCACAAAGAAAAGUAAAGCAAAAGCAAAGGGACAGACGGGUAAAGUGAGCAUCAAUGCCGCCCUGGUGGAGGACAUCAUCAGUCUGGAGGAGGUGAAGGAGGACAUGGCCACUGUUCUGGAGACUUUGAAGGACGACUUCAGCCGCAACCUAGGCAUCCGGACAUCGGCAGGUGCUCUGGACCACAUCACUGUGACCACCAAGGAUGGGAAGUUCCCUCUGAACCAGCUGGGCCAAAUCUCCAUGAAAUCUCCACAGCUCAUCGUGGUCAACAUGACCAGCUACCCUGAGGCUACAGCAGCAGCAGUGCGUUCUCUACAGGAGAGCAGUAUGAAGCUGAACCCGGAGGUUGAGGGCUCCAUCAUCAGAGUCCCCAUUCCCAAAGUAACACGGGAGCACAGGGAGAACUUGGCUAAACUGGCCAAGCAGUUCAGCAACAAGGCCAAAGAGUCGGUGAGGAGAGUCCGGACCAACGCUCUGACCCACGUCAAGAAAGUCAAAGAGGGAGUAUCAGAAGAUACAAUCCGCUUAAUAGAAAAGCAGGUUCAGCAGAUGGCAGACAGCUACACAGCAGACAUCGAUAAACAGCUGGCCACCAAAACCAAGGAGCUUCUGGGCUGAUCUGACCUGAACUUCUGGACCUUUCAGAGCUUCAGAACAUCAGGCUGAAUGAUCUGGUUUACAGGAUUCAGGAGGAAAACUGUCGGCUGGAGCUUUAGCUGGAUGUUCGCAAUAACAGAAAACUGAGAAAAGGACACGCAACCUAAAAACAAGAUUUAAAAAAAAGGACUUAAAAACAAGAGGAGAAUAGCACCGGUGAUGGUGAUGUUGGAGAGCAUGGUGUUGAAGGUGCCGUUUGGGGAGAUGUUUGUGUGUUUUAUCUGCUCCAUAAACAAAUGUUGGCGUGGCACGGCAGUGGCUGUUGGCUCCCAGCGCCUUCGCUUCUUCAAACAAACAGGCGGGAGGACAGAUGUAGUUUUAAUGUGAUUCGGGUCCUCCUCCUAAUCAGAGCGAUGCCACGCUGCAGUGUUUAUGUGAGGAAGCGCAAGGGCUGGAUGUAAACUCUGCGGUCGGUACAGGAUGGUGCGAAAGCGCUCCCAGUAUCACCAGUGCCAACAUUUGUUUCACAUUCGCCGCCACCGGGCUAAAACCAGCCGCGCCUUCCUUCUGUUUGUGAGGAUUAAUCGUAAAGCUACCAGUACAAACCAAUAAAAAUCAACACACAAUCAUUUUUCAGGCCCUUUAGGCCAAUUACUGUGUUUAUUUCACUAUUGCUUUGUUCUUUAAAAAAUCACUGAUAUCAUGUGUUUACCUAUUCUGGACCUCUGAUGCACAUUUACCUCAUUAUUUGGUUUAUUUGAGUAAAAUAUUGAUGUAUUGAAUAGAAACUGUUUCAAAGAAUAAAAGUGAAUAUCCCAGAGCCUA